AUGAAGCGGGGCUCCCGGCGGGAGAGACUUGAGGCGCAGUGGUGGCGUGCUCGAGCAAAACCGACGGGGACAGGGCACCGGAGGAGGAACAUCGAUGGCUUGGCGAGGCGAAGCAGAGGGCCGCGGGUGCUGGGAUUUGGCGAUGCAGAAGACCACGGCAGCGGCGGCUACUGGCGCGGUGACGAGGAACGAAAGGCGGCAGCGACGAGAGGAGGCAGGCGCAGCCACGGGGAGGUAGUGGAGGCGCUGGUCGCGAAGGUCGAUGGAGAGGGGCUUGGCGCGGCGGGGACGAACUCGCUCCGGCGAGGGUGCAGAGUAUUCUCACCACCCAGCCGCCUCCCACGACCAGAAACCCCUGGCCACCGCGGCCGCCGCGAGGCAUCCAUCCCCGGCCGCCGCUGGCCUCCAUCCCCGGCCGCCGCGAGCGCCACCGCCCUACGUGCCCGCAUCUAUCCCAUUCCCGGCGACAAGGUCGCCGCCUAUGGAUCUCUCCUGCAGCCUCCGUUCGUGCUAGUGGAGGGAGAAAUUCCCUGCAGCGGCCAAAUCUUGGCGCCGCUAGUGAUCUCUGCCUCCAUCUCCACUUCACUGGAGCAAUCAGUCCAGAGGAGGAGGUGUAGCCGGGAGUGGGAGGAGAUAGAGCAGGGGAGUGGGAGGCCCUUCCAUGGCGAAUGCAUAGGCAUCUUCCAUGGAGAUUCUUCAGUACAGAGAAGCUUCAGUACGAGAAAAAGUGGGUCAUCAGUUCAUCCAUAUGCAACCUCCUGCGUGGUCGUCCAUUUUUUUUUGGAGCCUACUCACUGCAAAGCACAAAAGAGGUUGGUGCUCACCUUCUUCGAGACUGCCGCCGCUCCCACAUUUCCAGGCUCUACGGCAAGACCUACUGCAUCGCCACCACCACUGAUUGUGGAGUUUGAAGUAGCGAAGACGACGACUAGAUGUAGAUCGGCGAGUGCGGGAUCAACCUCAGCAGCAGCCAGAAGCAGCGCAUUCAGCUCGACCGCGCCGUCUACCAGGACUGUGACAUCUAACUCCUUGAUGACGUCUUCAGCGCCGUCGAUGCGCACCGGCAGUGAGAUCUUCAAGCCGGCCGUGUUGUGUAUUCUGGUCAGUUCGUGUGUGUAUUGUGUUGCCCUCGAGCUGUAUGAGAGGCCGCCCGCGGAGCCGAGGAAGUCGCCGAUCUGGUCGAGGUUGCAUCAAAAACAAGAUGCACAAGUUCAUUUUUUGUAUGCUUUUCAGUACAUCUACUUCCUGACGAUGAGUCAUAUUUCCUUUGUGUUUCCAUCUUCAUAUAUAGCACAAACAAGUGCUUGUGGUUAUGCUUCAGAAUGAGCAUCGUACUGCCUCUUGGUUCAGUUCAAUAUAUAAUUUUAGUUAAGUGCAAUAUAUAAUUUUAGUUUAGUUCAAUAUCUUGAGUAUCACCUUUUUCUGCCAUGAACUCAUGCUAACUAUGAGCAACUAAAUUCACUCUGAAUAUGAUGAUACUAAACCAUAAGUUAGCUCUGAACUCAUAUAUUUGUCUUAACAAUUGACAGGUCUGAAUAUGUUGCCCCCACCAUGCUGAUUUACUACUGCAACGUCGUUGAUUCCCCGCCUUCGAACUGCUCCCUCAAUCCCUUCCGUGGACCACCGCCGACGGUGGGAUGCACCUUCCACGGGAAGCCAUGUGACCGUGUAGACGCACGUCUUCAUUGAGUCGCUCACUGCGCAUUUGUGUGUGUUGUGUUCAUGCGUGCGUGGCCGCGACCAUGCUUCGCAUUUCGGUGUUGUCUAUGUGUGGUCGUGCAGGCGUCUCACCUCAAACACAUCCUAGGCUGGUGCACGAGUUGCCGAGGAAACACCCAAGGUUGUGGCCUCUCGACCACAACUUCGUCUCAUGGAAACUGUUGGAUGUGGACAGCCAGAACGAGUUCAAGUCUACGUGGCUCAUCAAGGAGAAAAAGAAGAGGAACUCGAGUGGUUUCUCUAUGGAGAAGGGCAGAAGAAAUUGUGCUCUGAACAUGCUUGUUGAUAUAUUUUUCUACAGAUUUUUGUGUUGCUGACAAAGCUACACAAGUUGUAUUUUUACAAGUUGAACUUAAGAAUAUCCUCUAGAAAGUUCGUGCAUGCGUGGAUGUUCUUUUGACAUUGAACUGUUAAGUGCUUGCAAAAUCUACAGUGUUGAUCCAUCAGCAUUCGUAGUUUUGCACCUCAGUUGUGUA